AUGUACGCAGUAGCGGCAGGACCUAAUGCCAUUCCAGUCUCCCCACAGUGGGGAAAGAAGCCGCUCAGUAUGGAGGGUCGGGCUAACACAGGGGCUCCAGAAGCGAAGAUGUGUCAGCACUCCUCCGCAGAGCAAGUACGAAGCGACGAGGAGAUGCGUGGGCAGGAAGGAAACGGGGAAGUGACAACAGAGGUGGCAGAUGAGGGCUACAGGCAGGAAGAGGACAAUAUUGUAUCACAGUGGUGGCUGGAGAACUGUGCCAGCAGGUGGGGUAUUGGGCGAGAAGUUGCAGCAGUGUUCGAAGUCUUCCUUCAAAGGAAGGCGGAGGAAGUGCCCGUGCUCUCGCACGCUUACUACUACUACACUCGCUGUCAGGUUGCACAACGGGCCUGGGUGUUGCGGGGAGGAGGCAGCCAGAAAUGGGAUUGCACCGCACCCGGCUGCGGGUAG